AUGGGCGAUGGGCCAUUCGGCCCAGUUUUAAAUGGCACAAUGGUCAUUGUGUUUUACGACUAUCGGCCGAAUCAAAUAGCUGGAUACCUAUUCAUGGCUUUAUUUGGCCUGGCAUCUUUGGCACAUUUGGUAUAUAUUGUGAGAUUCAAAGCUUGGAUGUUUAUACCCUUUAUUAUUGGGGGAAUGAGUGAGACUUUUGGCUAUUACGGUCGAGCUCUAUCCUACCAUCACCCAGCACGACUUGGUCCUUGGAUUCAGCAAAACCUGCUGAUCCUCGUAGCCGCUCCGCUUCUAACGGCCACAAUUUACAUCAGUCUGGGGAAAGUUAUCAAUGCCCUACAAGCGAAUAGCCAAUCUUUAAUAAGCCCCAGAUGGAUGACGAAAAUAUACAUCCUCAUUGAUCUGGUAUGCUUGUUGAGCCAGCUUGCUGGUACGGUUAUGCCUGCCUCCGGGGACACGCGCGUUAUUGAGCUAAGUCGCAAGGUCAUUUUCGGGGGCUUACUUGUCCAACUGGCUGCCCUCUUAUUAUUCUGCUAUAUGACUUGGUAUACCAGUCGGGAAAUAAGUUGCGCGGAGGCCAAGAUAUUUGCUGCAGAUGCAGGUGUCCAUUGGAAGAACCACUUUCGAACCAUACUUCUGGCUGCAAGCCUAGUUUUGAUAAGAAGUCUCGUACGGGCCAUCGAGUAUGGGCAAGGCGAAGAUGGGUUCAUCAUAUCACAUGAGUUGUUCAUAUACUUGUUCGAUGCAGCGCCCAUGUGGUUCAUUAUGUUUGCGUUCCUGCUGGUUCAUCCUAGUCGACUUUUGCGAGAU